AGUUGAAAAUACGACAGACUUUGGAGAGUCAGGUGACCAGGAAACGUGUGUCGAUUGGGUGGAAUGUGAAAACAGAGAUCAGAAGGUAGAGGGGUCCAGUGUGUCUUCAAGUGUUGCCCGGCCAGGAAGAAGUGAGAUGAAUCUCGGAGUAAAUCAGACGAGGAAGCUUCUGGCCUCAAAGACAACUCUUGUCAUGUUCGUACUGACCAUCACAACUGUCGUCUGUCUCGCGCCUUUUAUAAUCUGGACAUAUUUCCCCGACACCUUAUACGAGCAAGAUGUAAGCCCCUGGGUCAUGAACCUGGGCGUCGCAUCCGUUUAUCUUCCGAGCUUGAGAAGCACCAUCAACCCCUUCAUCUACCUUUAUUUUAAUCAAAAAUUCCGCUCACAUUGUCGACAGUUUCUUAAUUCCGGGAUCUCUUACUUUUACCAAUAACUUACUAUAACAGCUAGAUUCUUAAAGGUAAUAAAAUGUAAAUAUAAAAAAGCAAUGGAAAAAGGUAAACAUGGUUUGUCUGAAGACUUGAUUGUAAAAAGAACUGUUGAUUCCUAAACAGCAAGCUACAAAAAAGAAUACUUUGGUGUCAUAUUUUAAGAGCUGCCUUUUCAUAUCAAACUGUAAAGUUUGCUACAUAUUUUGAAGCUGUUAUUGCUAAAUUAAAAUUAAAAGAAGGAACAAAUGUGCAUUUACUUGGGAUAAGCAUGAGGAUUAUGAGCGAACCUUCUAGCUUGCGGCGAGCGAUGGAGUGAAGCUUCUCUUACUAAUGACUGUCUAGGACAUUAAGUCUAUAUUGCUGUAGACAGGCUCAAGAACCGAAUCGACUUUACUGUCCUGUGAUCAGUUGAUCACUUCAUCUGUUGAGAGAAACUAAACAUCAAAAUGGUAUAGCGAACAGAGAAAUAUAGCAGAAAGCAAUGUAAAGGUCCCAUCAUCUACCUUCUCGUUGACCCUCGCGAGACGACAGCCUAUGGUCUAAUGUCCAACUUUCAGUUGGUUUCAGUUCAUGGAAAAAUAAAACUCCUAGCCAUCUUUAUACUUGGAUUUCAUGAUAUUACCACAUAAAUAUGGUUUUAGCUGUGUGUGGGAUCAGAAAUGUUUCCCAUCCAAAGGCUUGGCGAGGUUACAUGAGAGGCUUACAUGUUUCCGACUUAAUAUCCAAAGCUGCCUUUGGCUGGUGUGCAUGCGAAGUCAAAAAUAAAUUUUAAGUCUCUGAUGUCAAGUGGGAACUGGAAUGUUCAUCACAAGUUUAAUUAGAAAAGUAGAAGAGGAAGUUGAGACAGCACAUAGAAGGUUGCCUCCAAACGCGAGUCAGUCGGCAGACACCAACACUUUUCCCCGAAGACAAUCAGCUGAACAUCCGCCAAUAAGGAAGUUUGUCCUAAGUCUUCUGUAAUGUUCAUACAUUGUGGAUACCAUAAAAGGAAAACCUCCCAACUGUUGACAUCCGGUUAGUUUAAGUAUUUGUACUGAGGUCUGUCUGUAUUACGCCAUUCUCUGUACAUUUCUACUCAGUGAUGUAAGUAUCAAGCGUUUGUAUUAGAUUAUUAUUAGACCAUCAGCUGCAAGUCAACCACAAUCCGUAAGACGUGUCAAAUCUUAUUUAUUUAUUUACGCAUAGCUUGACAUGAUUGUUGACUCUAUUCUACUUCAGAAAGCAUCUUAAGUGAGUUUUGAAGUACUAAGUAUAAGAUAUUAUAUAUUUUUAAGAAAGCCGACUAAUAAAACAGUUUUAGGUGAGCCCACAGUCAGCAGUGUCUCAUGAGCCGCACUACCUACAGAGUCUGAUGGAGAUAAAUGGUUCCUGUGAGCUCAAUCCUGAAUUCAACAUAUGCAUGGCGCACAUAAAUAGUUCAUCUUCACCGGAAACUGUCUUCACAACCAAAAAGGAUGUGGACAAGUUAAGUGUCGAGUUGUUUCAGAAAAUUCUUUCAUCGAUAAUUUUGUUCAGCUUCUUAAACUGCGUGGGUGUCCCCGGCAACCUCUUCGUCUUCCUCGUGUACCUCAGGAAGUUCAAGACCAGCGCCACACGUGUGUUCGUGAUGACCAUGGCCAUGUGCGAUUUCUUGGUCAAUCUUUCUGCGCUUCCUGUGAAUCUCGUGUAUUAUCGCCACAUGUACACCAUCAGCAGCCCAGCUUUUUGUACUAGUACAUACCUGGUUCUGAGAAUCCCUGUGAUUGUUUCUUACCUGGUAUUGGUGUGUGCGAGUCUGGAUCGUAGACGUCGAGUGUGUCAGCCUCUCAGACCUCAGCUGGAUGCAAGACAAGCGACCAUGAUCUUAAUUUUGAUAUUCAUCCUGACCGCCAUAGCAACAUUUCCUUUUGUUUCCUUCUACACAGGAAUGCACUUUACUACCACGACUGGUCUAACUGUCAGAAAGUGCGGCUUUCAGAGAGAGUUUCCCGGAGCCUUUGUCAAACGUGCCGAGGGCAUUGUUUUGGCAGUGUACUUUAUCUUCAGCCUCACCCUGAUGGUGGGUUCUUAUGUUCACAUCCUGUAUCGACUCAAGCAGCAGAGUAAGAGACUUAGUCAGAACCUAACGAGUGACGGUGGUCAGCAAGAAACAGGUCUGUCCGUGGUGUCUUCAAUCUCAGUUAGACGGACAGAAGAGGAAGUUGAAAAUACAACAUAUAGCUAUACAGAGUCACGUGACGAGGAGAGAUGUGUCACUCGGUCUGUAGGUGGAGCCAGAGAGCUGAUGUCAGAGGACCCCAGUGUGUCUACAAUUCAUCCUCUACAAGCAAGAAGUGGGACGAGUGUCAGGGUUCAUCAGUCGAGGAAGCUUCUGGCCUCAAAGACAACUCUUGUCCUGUUUGUACUGACCAUCACAACUGUCGUCUGUCUCGUGCCUUAUUUAAUCUGGACAGCUUUCCCUGAAACUGUUUAUGGGCCACAAGUUAGUUCCUGGGUCAUUAACCUGAGAGUCACGAGGACUUAUCUUCCGAGCCUAAGAAGCACCAUUAACCCCUUCAUCUACCUUUACUUUAAUCCUACAUUUCGCCUACACUUUCGACAGUUUCUCAAUUUUUGAAUGUUUCACUACGACCAGUAGAUUAUUAUGACACUUCAGCUAGCUUACUAAUGCUAACUAAAUUAAAAAGAAAUAAGGAAAAAAUGUCAAGUCUCCAAGGAAAAACGAAAAAAAUCAACGAAGAAAUGAAUAAAUUACAGAGCCUGUAUGUGUAUGUGAGAAUGUAUGAAACAGAAAUAAUGAAUGAGUUUUUAGUCAGCAGAAGAGAAUUGAGAGAAAGUAGGAAGGCGUGGGUUAAAGAACUUCGAAGCAAGGAGUCAGACAGUGACAACAGACUUUAGGACUGUCAGCUGUCUUCGUGAAAUUCCAUGGACUUCGGGACCAGAUUUGGGGCUACCUGAGAAAGAAAUCAACGUAUGCACGUGGCAGAUAAAUAGUUCAGCUUCACCGGAAAUUGUCUUCACAACCACAAAGGAUGUGGAAAAACUGAAUGUUGAGCUGUUUCAGAAAAUUCUUUCGUCGACAAUUUUGUUCACCAUCAUUAACUGUGUGGGUGUUCCCGGCAACCUCUUCGUCUUCCUCGUGUACCUCAGGAAGUUCAAGACCAGCGCCACACGUGUGUUCGUGAUGACCAUGGCCAUGAGCGAUUUCUUGGUCAAUCUUUCUGCGCUUCCUGUGAGACUAGUGUAUUAUCGCCACAUGUACACCAUCAGUUGCCCAGCUUUUUGUACUAUUGUAUACUUGGUGAUGAGAAUUCCUUUGGUUGUUUCUUACCUGGUGUUGGUGUGUGCGAGUCUGGAUCGUAGACGUCGCGUGUGUCAACCUCUCAGACCUCAGCUGGAUGCACGACAAGCGAUCUUCAUAUUAAUUUUGAUAUUCAUCAUGACCGCCAUAGCAACGUUUCCUUUUGUGUCCUUCUUCACAGGAAUAAAGUUUACUACAACGACUGGUAUAAAUGUCAGAAAAUGCGGCUUUCAGAGAGAGUUUCCCGGAGAUUUUGUCAAACUUGCCGAGGGCAUUGUUCUGGCAGUGUACUGUGUCGUCGGCCUCGCCCUGAUAGUGGGUUCCUACGGUCACAUCCUGUAUCGGGUCAAGCAGCAGAGUAAGAGACUUAGUCAGAACCUAACGAGUGACGGUGGUCAGGAAGAAACAAGUCUGUCCGUGAAAUCGUCUCCGAUCUCAGGUAGAAGAUUAGAAGAGGAAGUCCAAAAUACAACAGAAGACUGUGUAGAGUCACGUGACGAGGAGAGAUGUGUCGAUCAGACAGAAGGUGGAGCCAGAGAGCUGAUGUUAGAGGACCCCAGUGUGUCUGGAAGUUAUCCACUACCAGCAAGACGAAGAAUGACUGUCGGGGUACAUCAGUCUAGGAAUCUUCUGGCCUCAAAGACAACUCUUGUCAUGUUUGUACUGACCAUCACAACUGUCGUCUGCCUCACGCCUUAUAUAAUCUGGACAGGUUUACCUGAAACUGUUUACGAGCCAAACACGAAGGCCUGGGUCAUGAACUUGAGUAUCACUGGCAUAUAUCUUCCUACCCUAAGAAGCACCAUCACCCCUUUCAUUUACUUUUACUUUAAUCCAUUAUUCCGCUCACACUGUCGACAGAUUCUCAAUUUCUAGAUGUCUCACUACGACCAGUAGUUUAUCACCACUGUUUAGUAAUGUAGUUGUUAUAUUUUUGUAUAAAUAUUUGCAUACUUGUGUAACUGUGUGCCUAGUGUUCUGUCACUUUAUAUUUUUAUAAAAAUGUUCUCGGUCCUCAGUUACAAGUCUGUCGUUUAAACACCAAUUAUAUUUUCUUUACAUGUGUUCUCGCCCAGACUCCAGAUGUAAUGCUUGUCUCCAACAGGCCGAGCAGGGAACUGUUUAAUGUUUGUCAACACAUUGUUUUUGACAUGUUGUUCAAUUAUCAAUAUCAAUGUGCAGUCAGGGCUAGCCAGUUCUAUGUGAUUAUAAAGUAUAUAGGAUUGUACUCUGAUGGCUGUAAUAACCUUCCUUAAUAUGUAGCCGGUCUUGUUGAUUAUUUACUUUUGUCUCUUUAUCACAAUGUAGUCGUCUCUGAAAGUGAGCAAGUAAAAGUUGUAUCAUGUUAGAUUCCAGUUUUGUAUAGAAGUAAUAAUGUGUGGUUGUUUGGUGGCGAGGUGUAGAAGAUAUUUCUUAGGGUCUAACAGUUGUAAUGAUAAUGUUUAACUUCUUUUUUCCCAAUAUGAUGUUUAUUCAGGUAGGUAUUGACUAUAGGAGGUCGAGUAGUAAAGACAUGCAUCAUACGAAUUACUGGAGGGAAAUCGUUUUUAUAUAAGAAUUCUCUGUCAACAAAUUCAAUUGUUUAUUCAAGUUUUAAAGAUUUUUCUAAUAUCAAUAAUACUGCAGACGAAUUUUUCAAAUUUUAUUUUUUAAGAAACUGUUGUUUCAACCUGAGGAAAGUGAACAAUGUAUUUGUAUGAGACUUAUCACUAACCGUUAGAUAAAUCUUGAAUUUGUUGAUGUAUAUUUUGGGCAUGCACACGUCUUCUAACUUAUUUGUGCAUUUAAGCAAAAAUGACUGGAAAUAUAUUAAGUAUACAUUUGUGUUAGUGUCUGGUUUUGUGUGUGCGUGUGUGUAUAAAGAUUUUGCUUUUCAUGAACACAGGAAUAUAUUUAUUUACAUUAAUUUCUAAGCUCUGCUUUAAACUUUAAAUUUUAGACGGAAAUAAAGCAACCACUCUAGCUCUUUAGUGUGUCAGUGAAAACUGCAAAGCUUCCUGCAACGGGAAGGGGACGUAAUCUAUAAUGCUUUUUGUUUGUAAAGAGUUACUUUCCUUUGACUAGAGUGUUAUGGGCUUGUAGGAUGAAGCACUUGCUACCACGACAAAAUUUCAUACUAUCAUUCACAAGAAACAUGAUAAAUAAACUAUACAUUUUUUGUCAAGUAGCUAGCUUACUAAUGUUAAGUAAAUUAAAAAUAAAUAAGGAAAAAUCUUCGGCCUCCAAGGAAAAAAGAAAAAAAAUCAAAGAAGAAAUGAAUAAAUUACAGAGCCUUUGUGUGAGAAUGCAUGAAAUAGAAGACCUCAUCUGAAUAAUGAAUGAGUUUUUGGUCAGAAGAAGAGAUUUGAGAGAAAGUAGGAAGGCGUGGGUUAAAGAGCUUCGAAGCAAGGGCUCAGACAGUGACAACAGACUUUAGGACCGUCAGCCAUCUUCGUGAAA